GCUCCUGGGUGCUGGAGGUUUCUCCACAGCUCCUGUUGCUUCGAGGAGGAAUAGGUUCCCCAGCAGGAACUUUGAAGCAGAGAUUCUGACAGCUCCACAGGAUAAUUCAGAGCUUUACAUGAUCCCAUCGAUGAGAAGUCUCACAGCUGAGGAGUAUGUGGUGGCCUUUAAGUCAUUUCUGGAUCAUUCAACAGAGCACCAGUGUAUGGAUGAGUUCAACAAGGAAGAAAUGCCCAACAUCAUGGCUAGUCUUGGCAAUGGAAAAUCAACUAUCAGCGUUCUGGGAGUUGGAAGUGGCACAGGUGAGCAGGAUUUGAAAAUGAUCAGGAUACUGCAGGCUGCACACCCGGGGGUCCUUAUCGACAACGAAAUUGUGGAGCCCAACCCCCAGCACGUGGCAGCUUACAAAGAGUUAGUGAACCAAGCUCCAGACCUGCAGAAUGUCUCUUUCGUUUGGCACCAACUCACUUGCUCGGAGUAUGAACAACAAAUGAAAGAGAAAGGGGCACAUAAGAAAUUUGACUUCAUCCAUAUGAUCCAGAUGCUGUACCGUGUGGAGGACGUUCCCAAUACCAUCAAGUUUUUCCACAGCUGCCUCGACCAUCAUGGUAAACUCCUGAUCAUAAUUUUAUCAGACAGUAGCGGAUGGGCCAGCUUAUGGAAGAAGUACAGAGCCUGCCUGCCUUCCACCGACAGCGGCCACUACAUCACUUCCAACAGCAUCACAGAUGUUUUGAAGAGACUGGGUGUUGAAUACCGCGUUUAUGAGUUCCCGUCGGGCUGGGAUAUCACCGAGUGCUUUAUCGAGGGGGACCCAGUUGGAGGCCACAUGAUGGAUUUCCUGACAGGGACAAAAAACUUCCUGGGCACGGCCCCGCUGGGGCUGCAGCGGCAGCUGCAGGAGGCCCUCUGCCAGCCCGAGUGCAGCAGCAGGAAGGAUGGGAGGAUCAUCUUCAGCAACAACUUGAGUAUGAUUGUGGUUGAAUCCUAGAGCCAGGACCAACUGCAGAAGGCAAGUUAGGGUGGAUAUGGGGGUGAUGCAGUCCCAGAAGGGUGAAGCAUAGGAAGAAAACUCACAGGCAACAAGGCAAGAAAGUCGGGGUUCAGCUGCAGCCCCCUGUUCCCAGCCAGGGUCAGUGGAGCCACCUGUGACACGGGGGAUGAGCUGUUUCUACUGCUGAGGUCAACAGGGCCAAGAUUUCACCCUGGUUAUUUAGUCCAGCCCUAGGAGAACAUUUUCCAGAAAGUAAAGAGUUCCAUCUCACUAAAAGCCAAUGUGGACUUUUCCUUUUUUAACAGUAUGCACCAUGUCUAUGCUUUUGCACUGCUAUUCCCACUUCACUGCACAGCCAGCAGGUUUACAGACCUACAGAGAUGUCAACAUGACAGGUGCUGCUUUGCAGCUGGGAGGAGGCUGCAGCCCCCAUGAGGUGUACAGACCCACUGCUUCCAGCUGUGCCAGGACAACACCAGCAAGGUGUCCCCGCUGCUUUGCACCUAAGUAAUGUGCCUCCCUGCACCCAGCCCUGAGCUGUAAGCUGCUCUUCACUAGGCUA